CUGCAGUGGUCACCAAGAACAAAGUCGGAGAGUGGCAGCUUAUGGCUGCAGUGGCAGGAGUGAUUGGCAACUGGCACUACGAUUGUCACAAGCCGCUGCCUAGUUGCCACAAGGAUGCUGAGGAAAUCUCCAAAGGCUUGCGAUCAGGGCAAUUUCCAGGUGAAGCAACUGAGGUGUACUAUGAUGCAGACAGAAACACAAUUCUUCAGGCUAUCAACCGCCUCAGUGAAGCGGUUAGGAGCGGUGCGCGCUUCACAUGGUUCCAUUAUUCCGGACAUGGAAUAUGGUACCAAGAUGAUCUCCACUUAGUCCCAUCUGAUUCUCGCUAUUUUGAAGCCAAUGUUCCGGUGAGCUCAAUUUUGGAGUCUUUGAGCAAACAUGAGACUCAGGGAUGCUUGCACAUCAUAACAUUGGAUUGCUGCCAAACGCUGCGAGACCAUACGGAUGUCUCCAGCUCCACCUCUUGUCGUGGAAAAAUGGGUGGAAAGAAAGGAGAACUCUGGAAGAGAAUUUAUUCCUUCUCACCAUCUGCUAGCGGACAUGAGGUGGUAGUCUUCUUUGCUUGUGAGAAGUGUUGUGCCGUUCCGGACAGAGAAGAUCACCUACCAAACUGCAAACUAGGCUAUUUCAUCGGAGAAGUCACCCAGACGGUUACUCAGGAAACCCGGGAAACCAACAAAAAGCAGGUGCCAACGCUUUGCCACCUCGGCUCUUGCCCAAAGAGCUUCUUUCGCAACAUCACAACUGCUACACAAGCAGAUGAAGUGUGCGUCAAUAUAGAACAAAAAAUACAGAAGCUGAUGAUGAAAGGACUUGGGGGAGUGGCUUUGCUCACGCUUGACAACCUUCUGAAUAUGUCAACCCCACGGGAAAAUGAUCCCUUCUUGAUUGUAUUAGAUGGAAACAUCGGAUGUGGAAAGACCACGCUCUUGGCUGAUCUUUCCAUGUCCUUGCGCGUGCCCGGCAUACAGAUCUGUCCGGAGCCCGUCCCAGAGCAUGAAACAAACACGUGGUGGCACUUGCUCGAGAAGUUCUACAAUGCCAUUAGAACAGGAGAAUCCAUAGACGAAGCCGUGAUCGAAUUGGAAAAUGCGAUCUGGCAACACCACUUCAACAUUGCAACCAACAGAAGCACACCCACUAUUACAGAGCGGGGCUGUGCUUCCGCUGUACUGGUGUUUUGCAAAGCCUUGCUCGAGGAUGGGAUAUUGUCGGAUCGUUGCUUUCAGGAGUUCAUGGAGAAGCUGGAACGUGUCCACCAGAAUUGUCGCAACGAUCCAACGCUAAUUCUCUACUUCAAGAUGCCAGUGGAGGAGGCGAUGCCCCGAAUACAAAAGCGAGCCCAAGAAGGCCGCCAUUUUGAGCUGGGCAUGCCAGAACCUUAUUUGAAGAAGCUGGAUGUGAAAUAUGAUAGCCUCUACAAGAAUCGGGAGGACGUGAUUACGGUGGAUGCAAGCAUGUCGACGGAUGAGAUCAAGAGGACAGUUGCCGAUCAACUUCACCAAAACCAAGCCAGAUACUGCGAGCUCUUCCAGCGCAAAGGAUACCCAGAAGACCAGGCCAGAGAGCUGCCAGCCCUCAUGAUGAGUUGCUUCAGUAAUUAAUUCCAGGAGCUUUUCUCCAGCUAUCAGACCUGCACAGUGUGGCUGGUUCCAUUGUUUUUUACACCGCGUGCCAUAGAUUGUGGAGCUUGGAGGUUGCACCACGG